AUGGCCCCUCACAAGGUCUUCACGCUUGAGGGCAAAGGCCUCAAGCUUGACACUGCUGAAGACAUUGAGUCUCACAUCAAGCCUCUUGUUGAAGACACCGACUAUACUGAAAUUCGGUUUGGCGGUAACACUCUGGGUGUGGGUGCUUCUGAGCGCCUUGCAACCGUCAUCGCAACCCAGAAGAGCCUGGAGAUCGCCGACCUCGCAGACAUCUUCACCUCUCGCCUUCUGUCCGAGAUUCCACCUGCCCUGAAGUCCCUCUUGGAUGCCAUCCUCGAAAUUCCCUCUGUCCACACGGUGAACCUGUCCGAUAACGCCUUCGGUUUGAACACUCAGGCACCCCUCGUCGAUUUCCUGUCGCGCCACACCCCACUCCGCCACCUGAUCCUCAACAACAAUGGAUUGGGACCUGCCGCCGGUACUCUGAUUGCCGAUGCGCUGAGCAAACUCGCCGAGCGCAAGGAGGAAGCCCGCAAGGAGGGCAAAGAUAUUGCUCUUUUGGAAAGCAUCGUUUGCGGACGGAACCGUCUGGAGAAUGGCAGUAUGGAGGCAUGGGCACGUGCCUACCAGAAGCAUGCCGCGGGCAUGAAAUCGGUUAAGAUGACCCAGAACGGCAUUCGCCAGGAGGGUAUUUCCCACCUUCUGAAGAAUGGUUUGCGCCACGCAAGCGCCUUGGAGGUUCUGGAUUUACAGGAUAACACAUUCACUGUUAUGGGCUCUACCGCUCUAGCCAGUGUCUUGGAGGGCUGGCCGGCUCUGAUCGAGCUGGGUGUGGGAGACUGUCUGCUCUCUGCCCGCGGUGGCGUAAAGGUCGCCCAGGCUCUGGCUGCCAACAAGAACCAGAAGGUCCAGACCCUGCGCCUGCAAUACAACGAAAUUAAGGCCGAUGGUGUCAAAGCCCUCACCCACGCCGCCAAGACCGCUCUCCCUAGCUUGCGCCGUGUUGAGCUGAAUGGAAAUAUCUUCUCCGAUGAGGAUCCCAACAUCACCGAACUGCGUGAGCUUCUGGAGGCUCGCCAAGAGGAGCACGGUACCGAUGAGGACCCCGAAGAUACCUGGGGUGUUGAUGAGCUGGAUGAGCUCGAGGAAGAGGGCUCCGAAGAGGAGGAAGAGGAAGAGGAAGAAGAGGAGGAGGAGGAGGAGGAAGAGGAGCGCAAGGCGGAGAAGGACCUCAAGGAUGCUGAUCGUGCCGAGGAGGAGAAGGUGGCCCAGAAGGCGGAUAAGGAUGUCGAUGAACUUGCUGACGUACUGGGCAAGACCGGUCUAUAG